UCGGCUCUCGCAUGUACGUACUUGCACUAUUCAACAUACCCCCAUCGUGAUUCUCUAGGUUGUGUUCUACUGAUUGGGACUUUGAACACAGUUCCCGUCGAGAUGUUUCGGUCACUUCUUGCACCAUGGCAAAGUCACGAGGAACACGCGCCCACUGCGCCUGCAAUUAAUAUCACUAGCGGCAAUACCCCAGAUUCCAGCAACGGAAGUGAAAAUGCGGCGCAACAAUCCAUGCGGGAUAUGGUGGAGGAACUGAAAGUAACAGAGAAAGUAGUCGCGAAGACGACUCUCCUGCAACGGAUUGCAGACCUCGUUCGUGAAGUACCUGAAACGAAAAACGCGUUUCGCAGUUCAGACGGAUUUCUCUUACUCGUUCACGUGCUUUCUACACUGUCAACGAGGAUCGGACGACGAGGAUCCCAACAGACGCGUGAUGUCAUAACUUGUAUCAAGUUGGCGUUCACGUUGGCCUCUGAGGCUUUGAAGGGACAUGCAGCGAAUCUUAAGUUCUUCGAGGAAUUCAUAGGCUACUCUUCGCUUUCUGAUGCUGUGGACCUGCUGGUCUGCAAUGUGUUGACUGCGGAUGUGACCCUCGGGUGCUUGUUAGCUCUUUCUUUUGGUGAUCUCUUCCUUGUGGAAUUUUUCAGCUCAUUACGAACAAAUUUACCUGAUACCGAGGCGAUGCACAUCCACUUCCUGGAAUUCGCACCUGGUCUAGCCAGUAUCAACCUUCCCGGAGCAUUCAGUGUUCUUUGGAGCUUCGUUCUGCGAACCAUCAACACGGACCCCGCCUUGAGGCUCAUCGUUUACCGGCUUCUAGAACACUUGACACACAGCACGCAUAGAAACCUCGCCGUCUUGAGCACGCAAAAUGUCCUGCCGCACCUUUUCAGAUCGUGGAAGGCUAAUAUGAGUAGCGCAGGAGAUGACGAUAAAGAGCACCGUAUCCUAGCAAAGAUUCUUCGCCAUCUUUUCGAAAUGGGUGCUAGUACCCAGGACUCGAGGGAUUUACUGCAGUGCAUUGGGAAGCAAGAUGGAUCUGUGGAUAUAGACAUGUUGGAACUUCUGCGCUCAAGUGCGAAGUCGAGGUGGCCACAGCACUUCUCACUCAAAGGUUGUUCUGCACUUGCAAUUUCGUCUACAGAAAUGAAGGCUCUCCCUGCCCAUGGGUUCACAUUCAUGGCUUGGAUUUGGCUCGAAAGGAUGCCUUCGGAGCCACACAAGUUGUUCAGCAUAUCUUUUGGGUCCAAUGAUGCCGUGGCUCUCUCUGUCGGUAGCAACGGGGCAUUAGCCUUGCGAUCACGCGCAGUUCAAAAAGUUGUAAUGCUUCCAAAGUCGAAAGUGACAACUUCUCGAUGGACUCACGUCACCCUUGUGCAUCAUCCACAUAAAUCAUCACAUCCUUCUGUUUGCUUGUUCAUUGAUGGCGUUUUAAGCGACUCAUUCCAAUGGUCAUAUCCAAAGUUCGAUGAGGCGUCGCCUGCGACUUUCAUGGUAGGAGAUGACGUUGCCGCAGUUGAAUCUAGCUGGUGUGUGGCUUCUGCCUACUUGCUUUCGAUCGCGCUCGAUGACGACUUUCCGAGGUUUAUACACCACCUGGGCCCCCGAUAUUCCGAGUCAUUCCAAGAUCAGACUCUCAUCAGGUUCCUGACGUACGAAGCGUCGACGUCUUUGAACAUGCAUAUCAUAGCUCAAGGCGCAGCACUAUCUGAGAAUUCGCAACUCAAGAAGGCCAUUCGCGGAGACUCGAUCAUUAGCGAUUCAUCGAUUAUAUUUCGUGUCGUACCUCAACCGCACGAUAAAAAGGACCAAAUUGUAACUCGAGGCGAUGUAUUUACGGUAUGCUGUCAGCCGCUGGACCUUGCUGUGUGGAGCAUUGGCGGGGCGGCUCUCUUGCUGCGCCUAGUAGCACUUGCUCAAACGCCGCAUGAGCUUUCCAAAGCAUUGAAUGUCUUUUCCGACUGUCUUCGCAACAGUUGGCAAAAUUCUUAUGACAUGGAAAGCUUACAUGGUUAUGAUGUUCUUGCAAGCACGCUGAAAGCUCGGAGUCAUCUCAUAAAUAUGACCAGCUUUGAAAUAUUGUUUGAAUUCCUCGGUUUAAAUUUCCGCUCUCCAGAUUUAUCCACUGUUGUCAACACCAUUGCUUACAGAGCUGUGGCACUCGACUUUGAGCUGUGGUCAAAAACCAGUGCCGACAUCCAACGGGCUCAUCUCGAACAUUUCGCCUUCCUGUUGCGUGCCAGCAGAUAUAGAAAGUUCAACAUCAAGAUGCGAUUGUCGAAGCUAGGCAUCGUACGCAAGUUGUUGUUCGCCAUCCAGUCAACUUGGUACCCACAAGAGUCUAUACCGCUUGUUGUCAACGCGCUGGUACUUGUUGCGCAAUCGUCUUUUACAGCGGAGGAAGCUAUCAAACCAAUUGUUUCUUACAUAGCUGCCGCCCUUGCUGAAGAAUCUCGAUCAUCGUAUUCAUCGUCACCUAGAUCAUCAAUGUCCCGUGGAGACUUGCUACGGUCUAGUACCAGAGAUAAAGCCGAUCAAGUCCUUGAAGCGCUUGUUUCCAUGAUGCGCAUCCCUUCACUUCACUCUAAGCUUGCUGAUACGCUUCCUAUGCACCGAAUUUGUUUACUGCUGCUUGGGAGUCAUCCAUCCUCACAUACUGCCUGCCAGGUGCUUGGCAUGCUCGGCCUCAGACUUAAGGCCUCUUCAUCAUCUGGCAAAAACUUCGAGUUGGCUAGUGGUUGGGAUAUUCUAAAGACUGUGUUACCUCCAGUCUGGGAUCGAAAUGUACAUGAUGCAGCUUUAGACAUCCUGCCUGGGCGCCCUGGGGGCAAUUCUAGCAAUGACUCAGGAUCCCCUCAGAUGGUAUCCGUAUUUCUCUUUGCGUUGUAUCAAGGACUGUCAGCCGGGAACAAUAAUGCUGAACCAGGUGAAGCUCCCUCAAAAGAUGCGAUCAUCUGGAUUCUCGAUGACUUGGCAAAGCUUCACGAGUCAAGCUCAUCGUUCCGUCGCGUCUUCAGGUCCCAGAGCACUGUCCAGCUACUUCUUGACGGUCUCAAUAUAUUCUCUCCUACGAGGCAGCCUCCCGGGGCCCUAGAUGCCAAAAUAUCUGACAAGCUAACGCACUUCGGAUUACUUGUAGCGAUGGACAAGCACAUCUCUACGUCUCAAAAACAACAGAUACUUGAUAUUGUUCGCCCUGACACUCAGCCAAAAGGACGAACUGAUCCUGUGGACACGUCUGUGUCACGACUCGGUCUUGUUCAAGCAGACACGGUCCGUAAAGCGUCUGCACGUCUUGAAGAAUGGCGAAAGACGAUUCUUGGUUCGGAGCGCAAACGUUUCAGGCAGACUUUAUUAGACUUGCAAGAAAAGCGACGUAGAAUCACAUCUUUCGAAGAAAGUGUGUCUGCAUCAACAACCGAACGCGAUAUCUGGCCCCAUACAGCUCGGAAACGCGUGUGGAAAUUGGACGAGACUGAAGGACCGCACAGAGUUAGGAAAAAGAUGGAAAACAUCCUGGAGUUGCUUGUGCAGGAGUCGAACCACGAGGAAGUUUCAUCAGCUUUCGAUAUGUCGUCGCCGUCCCAGUCAGAGCUUGCUUCUCCGAAUACCGUGGUCGUUCCAUCCUGGACAGACGAAGAUGGCGAUCAUCAGCUCACUGAAGAGCUUACUGAGGACAAACUCAGGAGAGUGAGGUACCAACUCGAGCCUGGAGAUGUCAUUGAGGCUGUUAGCACUGUCUGCCGAAUAGCCGGCGUUGACUCUUUUCUUGGCAUGUUGAUCUUCGGGCGUACUCACGUGUAUAUGUUGGAGGGUCUCGUAGAGAACGGUGAUGGUGAAGUUAUUGACGCAGGUGAUGCGCCAGAAGGAUUGUUCCUUAUAUCCGGAAGUGCGGUAGACGUUCGGAACUUGCAGCGGGCUCAACGAUGGUCACUGGAACAAGUAUCAGGGUUCUCUGAUAGGAUGUUCCUUUUCCGGGACGUAGGGCUCGAGAUCUUCUUCAAAGAUAGUCGCACACUGCUGGUUAUUUUCCUUGAUAGAUCACGUCGCCAAACGGCUUCCCAGUUGCUCUCAUCGAUAGCCUUGAAAAUGAGGGUGUUAGACCCAAGCCCAACACCUGGAUCUAUUUUACACAAAUCGCUUUUGAGAAGCAGAUCAUCCACCAGUGCAGUGGAGAAAGAACUCCAAAUGGCGCAACAGCAGUGGCAGAAUAGAGAGCUAAGCAAUUUUGGAUAUUUGAGCAUUCUCAAUCAACUGUCAGGACGUACCCCAAACGAUGCAACUCAAUACCCUGUUUUCCCUUGGGUUCUCAAUGAUUACGUUUCAGAGGUGCUGGAUCUUUCAUCUCCUAAUGUGUUUAGAGACCUCACUAAGCCUAUGGGAGCUUUAACGGCUGAGCGUCGUGAGGCUGCGAUAACUCGUUAUUCUAACCUGAGCAGUGUUGACGAAAAACCAUUCCACUACGGAACACACUUCAGCUCGUCGAUGAUCGUUUGCCACUUCAAUAUUCGCAUACAGCCGUUUACCAAUAUGUUCAAGACGCUACAGGGAGGAGACUGGGAUUUGCCCGAUAGGCUUUUCACCGAUAUAAGGAGAGCAUAUUCUUCGGCAUCGCAUGACGUCCGAGGGGAUGUGCGUGAAUUGAUACCCGAGUUCUUUACUUGUCCAGAAUUCCUCGAGAAUUCGUCAAAUCUUGACUUCGGCAUUUCUCAAACUACCGGAGAACGGGUUCACAAUGUUAAACUGCCCGCGUGGGCGAAAGGAGACCCGCUCCUGUUUACUGUAAUACAUCGCCGUGUCCUUGAGAGCCACUACGUCAGCGAGAAUCUUCCUGCUUGGAUAGACCUCAUAUGGGGAUGCAAACAACGAGACGUGGAUUCUGCGAACGUUUUUCACCCUCUCAGUUACGAAGGCGCAAUUGAUCUGGACAAGAUUACCGAUGAUCUUGAGCGACAAGCUACUGUUGGAAUCAUCCAUAAUUUCGGGCAGACCCCCAAGAAGCUUUUCACCUUGCCACAUCCACCACGAAAUCUUCAAGGGCUCCUGAGCCUUCCUGUCACUGCAGUUUGUGGUGUGCCCGAGGACGCACUUGCGUUAGCAAGAGAUCCACAGCCUUUCAAGGUCGUGCUGAAUAGUGCUGUGUCGAAUAUUUCCGUCGACCUGUCUGAUGGAAAAGAUCAUGGUGUGCGUCCAUUGCCUUGUGGAGUGAUCGAUCUCCUUUCGCCUGGUCAUGAACAAGUCGAAUGGAGUCAGGAUGCGAGCGAUCGCUCACUGCGGUUGGUAUCCCACGGAAGAGUUACACAAACCAUUGAGCAGGUAGCACCCUUGUGUGCUGCCUUUGCAGACCAGGACACUUUAGUAACGGGUUCUGGUGAUAACAUCGUGCGUGUUUGGCGCGUCAAUCAAGGUCAAGCGGCGCCUGCGGGGUUUGUUGGAGCGUCAGGACGGUAUCGCAAGCAUGGAUCUUCAACACUGUCGAUGACGCACCUCCUCAGAGGACAUAGUCAACGUGUGGCGUGUAUUGCAACAUCGCGUACAUGGUCCGUUAUUGUUAGUGGCAGCGAGGACGGGAGUGCCAUCAUUUGGGACUUGAAUAGAGGGUCUUACCGGCAUUCAAUCUGGCAUUGCAAUGAAAACCUGAGAGCAGAAGUAUAUCUAUCUGCCAUCAACGAGUCUACGGGAUACAUCGCCACUUGUUCCGCUUCCCAUUUAAUGCUGCACACAAUCAACGCGAAACCAAUUACCAGACUCAACACUGUGCGCGCGCCAAUUACGUCUCUCGCGUUCCAUGAACGUGAAUACUCGCAUUUGGAUAUCCUUGCCACGGGCCACAAUGAUGGUUCAAUCACACUAUGGACAUGGAACGCAGACGGGACUUCAGCCGGGAUGCAAGCGCAAUGGGAGUUUGUUGAAGUUCGUCGGAUGGAUUCUGGGGAGGGAGCAUCUAAUAUUGCUUUGGGAUCUGUUACUGCGCUUAAGUUCAUUGGUGAACGCCUUUGUGCUGGUUAUGCUUCUGGGUUGACCUAUAUGUGGACCAUUUCUAGUAAAUAACAAUUGUAUCCGCUUUGCAGACUGGAUCCAGAGAUGAUAAAUUAUGACACUG